AUGCAUGAUCCUUAUUUUAUUGUUUUAGGUCGACGUCGUUACGAUCGCAAACAGGCUGGCUUUGGUGGUCAAACCAAGCCUAUCUUCAGGAAGAAGGCCAAGACGACGAAGAAAAUUGUGCUUCGUAUGGAAUGUACCGAAUGUAAACAUAAGAAGCAGUUGCCAAUCAAGCGAUGCAAGCACUUCGAGUUGGGAGGACAAAAGAAGGCACGUGGACAAGUCAUUCAGUUCUAA